AUGGCUAGGAUUGCGCUGACCGCUCGAUUCCAACAAGUAAUUACUCCCAAUGCUCUCCGAUCUUAUCUUGCAGAGUUCAUCUCUACCUUCUUCUUCGUCUUCGCCGUCAUCGGUUCUCUGAUGUCCUCCAGAAAGUUGAUGCCAGAUGCUGCAUCAGACCCAGCAAGUCUGGUGUUGGUUGCCAUGACCAAUGCCUUUGCACUGGCCUCCGCCGUGUACAUCUCGGCAUCCACCUCCGGCGGCCAUGUAAAUCCGGCCGUCACCUUUGCCAUGGCUGUCGGAGGUCACAUUAGUGUCCCCAUUGCCCUCAUAUACUGGAUUUGCCAAAUGGUGGCUGCUGUCAUGGCUUGCCUUCUCUUGAGAGUCACUGUUGUAGGACAGCAUGUUCCAACAUAUGCAAUUACAGAAGAAAUGACAGGAUUUGGAGCCUCAGUUUUGGAGGGUGUCCUAACAUUUGCCCUGGUCUACACUGUUUAUGCUGCUGGUGAUCCUAGACAUGGUGCAUUGAGGGCUAUGGGGCCAUUAGCAAUUGGACUCAUGGCAGGGGCAAACGUUCUGGCCACCGGGCCAUUCUCCGGCGGAUCCAUGAACCCGGCUUGUGCAUUUGGAUCUGCAGUCAUUACUGGUACCUUCAAGAACCAAGCGGUGUAUUGGGUCGGACCCUUGAUCGGUGCUGCAGUUGCUGGCCUUCUAUAUGAUAAUGUUGUGUACCCUGUUCAAGAUUCUCUUACUAGGAACAAUGCAGAUGGCAUUGCAGUGUAG